GUCGGUGUUCUCUAUUCUUGCUGCAUACUCCUCACAUACAGUUAUACUUAAAAAAUAUAUUAAGUGUCAUUGAUGCAUUAAGGUGUACAAAGAAAAUACUGUGCAAACUAAAUGAAGAGAUAAAUCUGAAAAUCUUAAUCUAAUUCAAAGGUGCGGUACAGGUACCAAUGAAGAUUUUUCUCUGGAGGAAUAUUAAUGUUAUUGUCUAAAUAAAACUAUACGGGACAUCCCUAAUUUCCUAAAAAUACUUUCUGUUGACGGUAAGGCAUAAUUAUUCGUGAAUCCGAAUAUUUAUCAUAAACUAAGAAUCUUUGAAGUAAGCAUAGCUUGUUUGCUAAUUCACGCCGAGAAAAACAAAAUUAAAUAAGAUUUUUAGUUACAAUGGCUGCGGAAACACAGAACUUGUACCCGAACUGCGAUUCGAGUGUUUGGUUGAGAUCCUGCGAAGAGGAAGUCACCGAACCUCUAGACGGAAAUAUUACAGGCACAUUGCCACCUUGGCUUCGUGGUACACUGCUUCGCAACGGGCCGGGAUCUCUGAAGGUCGGAGCGAUGCGAUUCAAACAUUUGUUUGACAGCUCAGCGCUUUUACACAGGUUUGCGAUACACGACGGUAUAGUUACAUACCAAUGUCAGUUUCUCAAGUCCAAUACGCUGAAGAAGAACAGGGCGGCUAACAGGAUUGUCGUCACGGAAUUCGGAACCAAAUCAGUGCACGAUCCGUGUCAUACUAUCUUCGAUAGGGUGGCGGCUAUUUUCAAACCGGGCGACUCCAUGUCGGACAACGCUAUGAUAUCCUUGUACCCGUUCGGGGAUGAAAUAUACGCAUUUACAGAGGGUCCUAUUAUUCAUAGGAUAGAUCCGGUGACUUUGGAUACCCUGGAUCGAAAGAAUAUGACGGACUGCAUCGCUCUUGUCAAUCACACGUCACAUCCGCACGUAAUGCCCAACGGUGACGUUUACAACGUAGGAAUGUCGAUAGUAAAGGGCGGACUCAGGCAUGUCGUGGUGAAAUUUCCUUACACGGAGAAAGGAGACAUGUUCGAGCGCGCCAAAGUUGUGGCGAGUUUGAAACCAAGAUGGCCGCUGCAUCCCGCUUACAUGCAUACGUUUGGCAUAACGGAGAAUUUCUUCAUCAUAGUCGAACAGCCUAUGUCGGUGUCCUUGUGUGGCGUUGUCCGGAACCAACUCGCGAACAAGCCUCUCGCCUCUAGCUUGCACUGGUACCCUAAUCACGAGACGAACAUAGUGCUGCUAAGCAGGAAAGACGGCAAGGAGUGGAAACGGUACCGCACUCAGACCCUCUUCUUCCUUCACAUCAUCAACUGCUUUGAGAAGAACGGGUCAGUGAUAGUGGACCUGUGCGCGUAUAAAGACCCCAAGGCCUUAGAUGCUAUGUACGUCCACGCCAUCGAGACUAUGCAAAGUAACGCUGACUACGCGGAAUGGUUUCGUGGACGACCAAAGAGGCUUGAGCUGCCUCUAGACGCUCCGAGAUUGGCGAAGGUGGUUCCAACUAUACUGGCCGACCUCGGCUGUGAGACUCCGAGGAUACACUAUGACCUUUAUAACGGAAAGCCUUAUAGAUACUUCUACGCUAUCAGUUCGGAUGUGGAUGCAGAAAACCCUGGGACGGUCAUCAAAGCGGACACGGUGACUGGCGUAACGAAGACUUGGUGUGAACCGAACUGCUACCCGAGCGAGCCCGUGUUCGUACCGACCCCGGACGCGAAGAAUGAAGACGACGGCGUGCUGUUGUGCGCGCUCGUGUGGGGGGGCGACCGCGAGCACGAAGUGGCUCUUCUCGUGCUCGACGCACGAACGAUGCUCGAGGUGGCUCGGGCACAGUUUCGCACCCCCUCCCCCGCGCCCAAGUGCUUGCACGGCUGGUUUCUCCCACAAACUACUAAUAUUUAGUCUUAAAAUAGUCGCGUACAUGUCUGUGUUUUUUCCCCCCACCUAUUCGCUGGUAGCCUAACCGGCUAUAAGCGGAUUGGUAGGUGAGCUAGGCAGUAAUGGUAGGCAGCGGCUUGGCUCUGCUCCUGGUAUUGCAGACGUCCAUGAGCGACGGUAACCACUUACCAUCAGGUGGGUCGUAUGCUCGUCUGCCUGCUCGGGCAAUAAAAAAA